CGCGCGGGCGGCCGGGCCCGUCGCCGUGCGCGUGACGCAGCGUCCCGGCGCCGCCGCCGCCAUGGAGGCGAGCGGCAGGGCCGCCUUCGUGCUCAGCAACCUGGCCGAGGUGGUGGAGCGCGUCCUCGGCUUCCUGCCCACCAAGGCGCUGCUGCGCGCCGCAUGCGUGUGCCGCCUCUGGAGGGAGUGCGCCCGGCGGACCCUGCGCACUCGGCAGCGCCUCGCCUGGGUGUCGGCGCUGGAGCCGGGGCCCGCCGAGAGCCACGCGCUGGUGCGCGCGCUCGCCCGGGAGCUCGAGAAAGUGCAUGUGCUGCCCCAAACCGUGCUCUACAUAGCGGAUGCAGAAACGUUCAGCGGCCACGAGGAAUGCCACGACCAAAAGAAAGCCAGAAAAAGAAACAGUAAAGAAACAGCAAUUGCACUUGAAAAAUUGUUGCCAAAACGAUGUCAAGUUCUUGGACUGGUCACCCCAGGGAUUGUAGUUACCCCUAUGGGUUCAAGCAGCAAUCAACCUCAAGAAAUUGAAGAUGGUGAAGCUGGGUUUGCUCUGCUGUUUCCCAAAAUUGAUGGUGUAAAAAUCCAAACCUUCCAUUUUCCUAAAGACUUGAAGAACAGGGUCUUUGAUGAAAGUAAAUUUGCUGAAGCAGGUCUGAAGAAUAAUCCAGAUCUCCGUGUGGUUCUUCUGUUUGGCUACAACUCCUGGAAGUCUGGAGCUACUCGAUUUCUUCAUCAAAUAGUCAAUCCUUUGAAUGAAAAAAGUAUCAUCCUAGGGGGACAAGUGGAGAGCUUUACAUCGCUGACCUCUGAGAAUAAUAACGCCCAGCCCAGCGAUGCCUGUGGUGUGGUUGGACUGGCUUUCAGUGGUCCCCAGAUCCAGAGUGCGACAGUUCUGUUAGACCAGGAUGUAGCUGAUGAGAGGACAGCAGAAGCCGCCAUGCAGCGUCUCAAAGCAGCAAACAUCCCCGAGCGUAACACCAUUGGCUUCAUGUUUGCAUGUGUUGGCAGAGGAUAUCGGCAUUAUAAAACCAAAAGGAAUAUGGAAGCAGAUGCGUUUAGGAAGUUUUUUCCAAACGUUCCCCUCUUUGGCUUUUUUGGACAUGGCGAAAUAGGAUGUGAUCGAAUAGUUACUGGGAAUUUCGUGUUAAGAGAAUGUAAUGACGUGAAGGAUGACCUGCUUCACGGUUAUACUACCGUAAUGACUCUUAUUCAUCUUGGUUCAACGAAACCAAACCAAGUGUAAAUAUGUUUUUAAUGCAUCAGUGACCUGUUUCUUUCAUUCCAGAAAACAGAAAAGUCUGGCAGAGUGGGCAUCUUGCAGUCAAAGCACCUUCCAAAGCAUAAACAUCAUUCUCGUAUUAUCCAAUCCUGUAGGUGGAAUAGUUUAUUAUAAUAGCUGUGGGAAAGCUUUGCAUUGUGUGUAAUCCCAUGUACACAUCACAAUUGCAGGUAAAUGGUAUUUAAUGGAAUUCUGCAAUUGAAGAAAGACUCUUUUUUUCUAAAAUGAGAAUGGUUUGCACAAAUGGCAGUUGGAGUCCAAGUAACCAACAUGUAGAAAUAAACAGUACUUUGAUGUGCUC